AUGAGUGAAAAUAAAUAUGAAGGUUUGUCUUUUUUUGAAAAUAACGAGUUUCAGAAUUUAAAUAAUGAAUUUUUAAAAGGGUCAAUGGAUCAUAAUAAAAAUGAAGAAAAGGGAUUGAUACAAAAAGCAAUUGGUUUAUCAAAAAAAGGAGCUGAAAAUUUCCAAAAAGGUUUUAAAGCAACGUUAGAAAAAACAAAUCUAACAAAUGCUCCAUCCAUUUCAUCAAAUUCAACUGCUGCUGAAACAGAAUCAAUUUUUUCAAAUUUUCCUAUAUUUAAUAAUCAAAGUAGAAAUAAUGAAUCAAAUUCUUUUUUAGGUUUUACAACUAUAUUAUCUUACAAAAAUUUUCCUUUAUUUUGUGUAUUAUUUGGUAUUAGUAUUUUAUUUAUGAUUUUAUCAUUUUUAACUUUACCAAUGAUUGUAAUCGCCCCAAGGCAAUUUGGUUUUUUUUUUACUUUAUCUUCCAUUUCGUUUGUUACCUCAUUAGCUUUUUUAAAAGGAUUCUCAAGUUUGUACUUUCAUCUCUUAGAAAGAAAACGUCUUCCAUUUACUGCAGCAUAUAUAUUAUCUUUAGCUUCUACUUUAUAUUUCACUGUAAUUAGACCCCUAUAUUUAUUGGCACUAAUUACAUCAGUUGUGCAAGUGUUAGCACUCAUUUCUUUUAUUGUUUCUUAUAUACCUGAGGCAAUAAAAAUGUUAAUUAAUGCAUUAUAUUCAUAUAUAAAAAAAUUAUUUCGUAAAAAUAAUUCUUCAGAUUUGCCAUUUUAA